AUGGGGCCGCCCACCGCUUUGCCGCCCUCCAGGAACAAGCGGCGGCGGGAGGAGGGGCCCACCGCUGGCAGCGGCAAGGCCUCUGGCAGCAAAGCCGAGGGCCUCUACCACUGCGACUACUGCCACAAGGACCUCAGCUCCACGCUGCGCAUCAAGUGCGCUCAGUGCAAGGACUUUGACCUGUGCCUUGAGUGCUUCAGCGUGGGCGUGGAGCUGAAUGUCGCGGGCCACUCCAACGACCAUCCAUACAAGGUGGUGCAGAGCCUGGGCUUCCCACUCUACCACCCGGGCUGGAGGGCGGAUGAGGAGCUGCUGCUGCUGGAGGGGAUUGAGAUUUAUGGGAUGGGUAACUGGCCCAAGGUGGCAGGUGCGCCCAUAUUCAAGCGCGGCGUUCUGCUAGACAUCACCUCACUGCCGGAUGCAGAGCCGCUGGGACAGCGGGAGCGCGUGCUGUGCGCCACCGAGCGGUACCUUCCGGCGCAGUACCUGGCGGUCAAGGCAGCCGCGCUGAAGCUGCAGGAGCAGCGGGGCCGCGUGGCGCGCGCCGAUAUCCUGCGCCUGCCCUUCCAAGUCGACCCGCAGCGCAUGCAGCGCCUGCACGACUUCUUUGUGCAGCAGGGCUGGAUCACGCCGGGCACUGCGAGCGCCGCCAAGGGCCAGCAGCAGCAGCAGCAGCAGCAGCAGCAGCAGCAGCAGCAGCAGUGGACGGGAGACUGA